AUGUCGGCCAUCUCCGCAUCCGAGAAAGUGGACGGGAUUACGGCCAUCUCGGCGUCGGAGAAAGUGGACGGCUUUACGAGGAAGUCGGUGAGGAAGGCGCAGAAGCAGAGGAAAUCCCAGGGCUCCUCGCAGUACCGCACGCAGAGCGCCCCGGUGGAGCUCUCCCCGCUGCCGCAGCUCAAAGAUGCCCCCUCCACGGAGCAGCAGGAACUGUUCACACAGAAACUCCAGCAGUGCUGCAUGCUCUUCGACUUCUUCGACUCCGUGACAGACCUGAAGAGCAAGGAGAUCAAGAGGGCAACGCUUAACGAGCUGGUGGACUAUGUUUCCACCAACAGAGGCGUGCUGGUGGAGACCACAUACCCGGAGAUCACUAACAUGAUCAGCACCAAUAUUUUCCGAGCUCUUCCACCAAGUGAUAAUCCAGAUUUUGACCCAGAAGAGGAUGAACCCACUCUGGAGGCUUCUUGGCCUCACAUGCAACUGGUCUACGAGUUUCUGCUGCGCUUCUUAGAGAAUCCAGACUUCCAACCCAGUAUCGCGAAGCGGCAUAUUGAUCAGAAGUUCGUCCUGCAGCUGCUGGAGCUGUUCGACAGCGAGGACCCAAGAGAGAGGGACUUCCUGAAGACCAUCCUUCAUCGGAUUUACGGAAAGUUUCUGGGCUUACGGGCCUUCAUCAGAAAGCAGAUCAAUAACAUUUUCCUGCGGUUCAUAUAUGAAACUGAACACUUCAACGGUGUAGCUGAACUGCUGGAGAUUCUGGGAAGUAUUAUCAACGGGUUUGCGUUGCCUCUGAAGGCAGAGCACAAGCAGUUCCUGAUGAAGGUGCUCAUCCCCUUGCACACAGCUAAGGGACUGGCAUUUUUCCACGCACAGCUUGCAUACUGUGUAGUCCAGUUCCUGGAGAAGGAUCCCACGCUCACAGAGCCGGUGAUCCGCGGCCUGCUGAAGUUCUGGCCUAAAACCUGCAGUCAGAAAGAGGUGAUGUUCCUGGGCGAAAUCGAAGAGAUUCUGGAUGUCAUUGAACCGACACAGUUCAAAAAGAUCCAGGAGCCGUUGUUCAAACAGAUCUCCAGAUGUGUGGCCAACCCACAUUUUCAGGUAGCAGAGCGAGCGCUGUACUUCUGGAAUAACGAGUACAUUCUCAGCCUCAUCGAGGAGAACAUCGACAAGGUCCUUCCCAUCAUGUUCGGCAGCCUGUACAGAAUCUCUAAAGAGCACUGGAACCCGACAAUCGUAGCUCUGGUGUACAAUGUGUUGAAGAACCUGAUGGAGAUGAACUGCACUCUGUUUGACGAGCUGACAUCGUCCUACAAAGCCGACAGGCAGCGAGAGAAGAAGAAGGAGCAGGAGAGGGACGAGCUGUGGAAGAAACUGGAGGAGCUGAAGCUCAGCAGCGCCGCUCUGGUCCAGAACAACAGCCACGGGCCCCCGAGUAUCCAGAACAACAACAACAACAACAACAAUAGUAAUAACAACAACGACAAACGGGAUGAGGCCGCCGACGCGGCCGCCGGCACCACGAGCGAAAAGGGCCCUGACGUCACCGUGGCAACCAGCGAUAGCACCCCAUGUGCCAAAUGA